UGCUUUUUGAGAUUUGGUAAAUUUUAUGCCUGUUGAAUCGAAGGUGAGUCGAAUUGUAUUUUCUACGAUGUUUCGUCCUAUUUCGCAUUAAUAACCGAGCACAGCUUUCUAUGCAUUUGUAAAGUAUUUAUUUCUAAAGAGUUUGUCAGGUUUUCUUACGGUUUGGGGCGAUUUUUAUGCCAGCAAAAGAAUCAUUCAGCCGAAGGAUUUUGAUGCCAAUGUCCAUGUGCAUUCAGUUUCCUCUGCAGUUCAAUGCGUUCAAUGUCCGUUUGGUCGUCGCUGGAUAAUGUGUAACCCUUUUCAAGGGUCAAAUUCCCUUCGGGGAGCUAAAAAUCUCUUUCGAGAGAUCGAAAAUUCCCUUCGGGGAGCAAAUAAUCUCUUUCGGGAAAGCGAAAAUUCCUUUCGGGGAUAGAUUUAUAAUCGCUUUUGUGAGGCAAAUAAAUUCAGUAUUGUUCCUAGCACUCAUUUUUUUCGGGAGACAAUGGACUAUCUCGUUUUGGAAACUAUGAAUGAGGCCAUAACAAGUCCUGUAUUUGUUGAACAAAGACAUCUAAUUGAGCAUGUCGAGUGUUGUUUGUUAAAGCUGUGUGUGGUUGGAUGCCUAGUGAUAUUAGAAGGUGUUAUUUAAAUAACGCUGUGGCUACAUGGCCGGUAACCCGUCAAGGUUUUCAAAACACUAAAUGGCCGGCAGUCCUUUAUUCUCAGUAAAUUUCACAAAAUCGAAAGGUUCAAGCUAAUCUAAACUAUCAUAUGUCGAUUUAGAAAAGUCAAGCGAUCCUGAAAUGUUUAUAGAUCUGUUUGGUUUACGCUGGGGUCAGAGGAGGAAACCAUGUUUUGUGACACUUGGAACUUUUUUCAGCUCGACUGCCGGUCAAGGUUUUCUAAACACUAAAUGCCCGGCAGACCUAUAUUCUCAGUAAAUUUCACAAAAUCGAAAGAUUCCAGCUAUCUAAACUAUAAUAUGAAAGGUUAGGUCUCCUCGAACUACUGGCUAGACUUAAAGCUGUUUCAUAUCGAUUGUAGAAAAGACGGCGAAAAGUCGAAGAUGGAAAGAUUUAAGAACUGUUUUCAUACUUACUCAAUAAUUUAAUCUUCAGUUUUUCUCAGUAAAAAAGGAAAGGGAUUGAGAGUUGAUGACCUCGUUGUCAAGUGAAUGAAAAAACUUAGGCCUUUGAUUGCUUGAUUGCUUGAUUGAUAUUGCUGUCAAUCCACGACUCUUUCAUCGAGACACAUUUUCGGAGAUUUUCCGAGAAAUGCUCAACAUUCUGUUCGAAUGGUCAUUAUUUUCUGAUGUUAGCUUUACUGAAAAUCAGCCUAGAAAGACCUUACUCUUUUAAGCUCUUACGCAGAUAUACAUGUAUUUAUGAAUUAUGGACACGAUCAUGUAAUUUCAAAAGUGAAUCAAACAAUUAAUUAAUUAUUUACUUUUUAAGAGAAUAGGUAAUGCCAUGUAUGUAUAACUUUAUAACUUUAUAACUUUAUUUGAUUUACCACAAAAUACAAAUAACGAUAAAACAAGACAGUUACACAAAAGCAAAUGAAAUUGGCAAGGAAGCCCAAUAAGAAACCAUGAGGCUUAUAGAAAUUGGGCUCCCUCAGAGUAAAACUAAAGUUAACAGUAACAGUAAGGCUAGGAUCGAAAGUAAAAUACAAUGAAGGCAAGUAUAAAUUAACUAAUUACAUAGACUGAGUUGACAAAAUAUAAGGUAUGGUACAUGUAACAGUGUAAAUGGGAAUACCUUAACAAGGCUGUGCUCUAAGGAAAAUUGAAGGAAGCCCAGUGCUCUGAAACUGUAAAAUCUAGGGUGCCCAGCAUAUGAUUUGAAUGAAUGAAUGAAUGAAUGAAUGAGAUUUUCUAGUCGCCCGAGGGCAAAAGUUAGGCGCCAGGAGCCACCGGGCUCUGCUAGAGCACAGCCCUGCCUUAAUAAAUUGUUGUUGUUGUUGUAUUUGUAUAAAAAAAGACAGAUAAAAACUUGGCCUGACUGGGUGUGAGGAUAGUAACUUCUGUGAGUUGCGGAAAAGAGAUGUCAGGACACUUCUAUACUUAUGGCUGUUUUUUUUUUUCGAUUUAGUGAAAUUUACUGAGAAUAUAGACUGCCGGCCAUUUAGUGUUUUGAAAACCUUGACCGGCAGUCAAGCUGAAAAAAGUUUUUUAAGUGUCACAAAACAUGGUUUCCUCCUCUGAGCCCAGCGUAAACCAAGCACUAGACUGUAAAGCAUUUCAGGAUCGCUUGACUUUUCUAAAUCAACAUAUCAAGGCUGUGUUCUAAGGAAAAUUUCAGGGAGCCCUUCGGGCUUCCAAGCAUUAUAUUUAAGUUGCCCAGACCUCAAAGUUGGUCGCCCGAAUAAAAAUUUCGGGGAGCCCUUCGGGCUCCCGAGCAUUCCAGCUGGGGUGCCCAGGCCUCUCAAGGUGGUCACCCGAGUACAUCUGAUGAGGAAGUAUUUUGAACAAACGCAAAUCUUACUCGUCUGCUGAUCACCAAACUCGGUAAUUUUAGCUUUUGGGUUCGACAAAAACCCACUUGUUUUCUUAUGAACCCCAUCAAAGUUUUCGUGCCAUUCAGAUUUAAAACCAGAAACGUGAGCAAUGCCGCCGAAUUGUUUAGGUUUUAACCCAUUCGCCCCUGAACCGCCCGUAACCGCCCGUGCGGAUCCAGGUCCUUUCUACCCUUUGUGACGUCAUCAGUUGUAACGGUCAAGGACAACUUUCUUCGCACACGUGUGCAGAGUGAAGAGAUCUUUCAAACCAUACCAGAAUGAGCACAAUUCAGUCAAGGGCACCGGAGAAAGAAGCAAAAAACCACGUGACAAGGACCUGAAAAUCUCCAUGAAAAUCUUGUUCCAUUACCCACCUACCUUUCCUUUCACCUAAUCCUAAGAUCCUAAAAGCUUUCCUAAAAACUCUUCCCACCAAAAUGAAGCCUACUAAAUGCCCAGCAAGAGAAAAAAAAAAAAAAUGAGGCAAGAAAAGCGAAAAAGAAGGGGGAGAGAAAGCGAAAAGUAAAAAGUCAAGACUGCUGUGUCACUUUUAAACCCAAAAACUAUGUCGAAAUUUUGCUUUUGCGCAUGCCCGAACUUCGCAAGCUGAUAUUUUGCAUCUGGAUCAGAAGGCCGCCAAGUGUACGACCUGUAAACCGGUUUGUGGUAAGUUUUAGCUCUUUAUAGCACGACAGUGACCAGAAAACCACUCGACUAGCUUCAAAACGCGUUUUUCGGCAAAAUCUCCAGGAGCGAAUGGGUUAAAGAGAGAAAAGUAAAAAAUUUCAGCAGGUUUACGUAAACUUCAUUAAGAUCUUUGGGUCCAACAUAGAAAAACUGUGCUUUUUACCAGUAAUACUAAACUUGAAAAUAAAUUUUCAAAAGGUGAAUCAAUGCGGAAUGAAAUAUAAUGUGACGGAGUUUUAUACGCGGUUGAUCGAACUCAAGUUCCCGUGAAAAAUACCGUGAAACAGUGAAACCGCCACGGCCCCAAACCUAUUGUUUUAAUAAAAAAUAAGUCAUAUUUAAUUUUCUUUUCUAUAUUAUCACUGAAUCUUUUAGGAUAAUUGAGCUUUUCGUGGAUACGGUCGAAGCGUAAACCAGCUCUUCUUUCUGUGUUUUUAUUUCAUUUUUUUGGCCGCUAAAUUUAUCCUGCAAGCGAAUUUAGUUUUUGAUAUGUAAAAUGCCAGGACAACGUGGAACUACCCUGUUUCUAAAACAGCAAUAAAAACGAUCAGAACGAUCAUAUCUUUUCUUUUUGUAUUUCGUUAUCUUAUGUAAAGGGAAGAAAACAAUCAUAAGUUAUGUUUUAGCCAAGCAGACUGAGAGCAGCCAAAACCAUAAAAACAUUAUAUUUGCAUACUGGUCAAUACAGCAACUUCCAUUUUCUACAAAAAUAAAUUACUCCGCGUCGCCUGCCGCGCUUUACGUCUGUCAGAAAAGUAUUAACAGUUUCUCCUAAAAACUGUAGCUAAUGAACCAUUCUAUCUGAAAGAAAAAAUUUUAAAACUAUUUUAAGCAGUGGUACAAAUCAAAGUCCUCGCCGCUUGUCACGUUUAAAGUGAUGGAUUAUGUUACGUGUGAAAUCAUGCAGAACGACAGCGACGUGCGCCCGUUUCUCUCGUACAAUAUUCGUAAAAACAUUUUCUGUAGGGUUUAGCUAAACUCUGACUCAACAAGCCAACACCACUAUGUUAAAUUUUUCUUCCUGCUUAACUGAACACUGCAUCAGAAGCAAGAGUGCCCGGCCGGGUGACCGGGAACUUUUUUUCAGUUGCCCGAAGCUAAAUGUUAGUCGCCUCAGGCGACCGGGCGCCGUUAGAGCACAGCCUUGCAACAUAUGAUAGUUUAGAUCAGCUGGAACCUUUCGAUUUUGUGAAAUUUGCUGAGAAUAAAGGAUUGCCGGCCAUUUAGUGUUUUGAAAACCUUGACUGGUUACCUGCCAUAUAGCCACAGCGUUUAAAUAAUGCAUUUGAGAAUACUGAAUAUGAUUCGCAUAAUAUGAGUGAUUGUGAUGUUAAUGAUAGUAUAUUCUUGUCUGAGAAUCAAAGAUUUAACUGCCCGAUAUCUUGGUAUGUAGAGAGUCAUAGACAUUCUCGACUAUGUUCAUGGGUAAAAACUCCAAGGGUAUGAGGUAGGGAGCCAUCCAGAAUAUCGUUACGAAAACGUAUUCAUUCACUAAAGUGUAGAAAACUAAGACAACAGCACAAGAAUUUUCUCAGAAACUAGGUUCACACAACUUGACAAUGGGGUGGGGAGGGGGGGUCGGAGCUUCAAUAUUGAUGAGUGCAUUAUGAAUGUAGUCGCAAACGAUUGAAAAUUUAUGCAUAUCAUUUACAUGCUAUUACAGAUUCAUGGCAAAUCGACGUCUGCAAAGCCUCCUGGAGGCCAAGAAGCAGGGAUUAACACUACGUUAUGACCCGCCUGCUUCCAGGAAUCGAUGUUUUUACAGUUGUCUGUCAAAAUUUGUCAAUGUAAACGAGGAAGACAUCGUCCAAAUGGUCCAAACUUAUUUGGUGUGCAAUCAAAUCGUAACAUCUGCCAAUGAGGUGAGAUUUUUAUCUUAAAACUCUCGGAGAUUUGAGCAAGCCAUUGAGUAACUUUUUUUGACUGCUGAGAAGUCUUUGAAAUGUAACUCGAUAUGAUAAUUAAAAAAAAAUGGGAGUGAAGAAAGGUGAAGUCGGUGAAGGGUACUUUAUGCUGAAGGCUGAUCCAUGUGGAAGAAAACAAACAGAUGGAAAAGGAGGUAGUGAAAACUUUUUGCUGGAGGUAUAUGUAAAGGAGCUGUGUCACAAAAUUUCCCAAAAUUCAGACAGUGGAAACUACCAGAAAAUUCAGUGAAACACAAAAAUAAAGAAAGAAGGAAAGCAUGGAUCAACAAACUUGAAGAAGAUUAAAAUGGAUCACAAUAAUAUUGUCCUUUUUGGCAACAUCAACAAAAUGAACUUGGCAUCUGUGACAUGGCCUCGUUAAGGUUAAUUAAAUUUCCAAAGCUGUACAGCAUACUUAAUCAUAGAAGAAUGAGUGUGGAGUGAAAAAUUAAGAAAGGAAAUGAACUGAAACAGUUUAUCAGUCAUAUCUUUUAUUGCCAUACCGUUAAUAUGAUAUCCAUAUGCUUUAUUGUUUUUUAUGCAGGAUGGAACAUCAGAAACCCAGGACCUGAUGCAAUUUCUUUCUGAUACUGAUUAUCCGUCCCUGGUAAAUCGGCCAAGCACAUGGACAGAUUGUGUCUUGGCCUUGAAGGAUGAAAUGGCGACUCAUGUCGUCAUCAGAGCAGCAGCAACACUGCUUUUGCUUAAUAUCAAUAUCAUAGACUGGAAUGGUGUAAGUUAUCUGGCAUAUUUACUACUCAAGUCAAUGCUUAAGACAUUGAAUAAUCAUGCGCAUGUUAGUAUGUAUGUUGUAUGUGUUUUUUACUCUUAACCCUGUCACUCUCUUUUUUUGUAAAAUCAUAAGACACAAAUGUGAUUGACUAGCAUCUCAUCGGGGUGGGGUGGGGGAGGGGUUAGGAAUACCAUUCAUGCUACAGAAACCGGUUUAAUCUUUGGCAGUAGUGAUCCAUUCGGCUUAUGAAGACUGGCCUUAGCUGCCUAUGAAACAAAAUUAAAAGUACUAUUCAAAAGUUCUGCCAAAGAGGUUUUAUUUGAAUGGUAACACCACUGGAUUUGCUCAACGAGUGAAAGGAUUAUUUUGUCAUUUUAAAUAGAUGGGUGUUUUUUCUUAUAUAGUAGGUCCACAUAAAGCCAUUUGGCUGCCAUUAGGUACCUAUAGUAGUAAAUUAUUAGAAAAAUAAGUAAAGAGGAUAUUGGUAGACAUACAUGUAGAAUUAAUGAUGAUUUGCAGAUAAUCACUACAAAGUCCUUCAUUUUGCAUUGUAGAGAAUCAAUAUUGUAAAACCCUUCAGUGGCUCUGCAGGGAGUUCUGUUUGUCUGGCAUAUACGGGCAACCAUUAUAUGCUGCUUACCAGCAAAGCCAGCAACCCAGUCAUGAAAGACAUGCAAAGUGGUGAAGGUAAGAUUAUGUGAAUAGAUAAGGAUAGUUCGAUAAAUGAAUGAAUGAAUGAAUGAAUGAAUGCAUCCAUUAAUAAUGUUAAUAUCAUUAAUCAAUUAAUUAGUCAGUGAGUUGGCGAGUGAGUCAGUUUGCAAGCAUUUGGUAAAAGAAUGAAUACAUUAAUAGAAUGAAAUAGCAAGAGAUUGAAUGAAUGUGAAAUGAUAAUAUUACAGUGCGACUAAUGUAACCGAGGCCACCAGAGUUCCCACGAGUGUAACAUGACUUACCCCCAUACUGCAGGCCGUGGACCACGCCUAAUUUUUGAAGAUGAAUUUUACCAGCUAGAGGUCUAAAUGAAUUCUAGGAACCCUAACUGGAUGAAACAGUAACUGCUGUCAGUUUUACAUAAUCAGGGUUAUAGUCUCCUUAUAUUAUACACCAGUUGAAAUUUUCUUGAAUUCCAUACAUGGGUUCGGUCCUGAGUCUGGUGAAGGAGUAGCAAUAGGAGGAAUAGCCUGUUCAAGGCUCUCAGAUAAUGGGGAAGACGGGAAAGUGAAAGGUAUACAAAAAGUUGGCGUGGUGGGAAAAAGGAAAAAGGAAGGAUUUCCUCCCUUUUUUUAUGUUCGUGCUUUCUCAAUUUAGCGGACCCGACUAUGUCGGAGCCUGGAACAGGCUAUAAGAGGAAGUAGUCUCUUACGCAGAAGUGUUUUUGUGUCAUUGCGUUGCAUAACCUCCCCAGACUUCCCUUCCCUUGAUAGCCCAUAGAAACGUUUUCAUCGGCAAACUUAUUGAAUCCUGCUUAUGGAUCAUGCACAAAAUGACCUGCAUAUGACUGUUAUGUCCGCGAAAAUUGUCAGACGUCUGAUAACCAACCACAUUGAUCCAUAAGCAGGAUUCAAUACGUUUGCUGACGAAUAAUCGUUGGGCUAUCAAGGGAAGGGAAGUCUUGGAGUCUACUCAAUCAUCAUGCGCUACCUCUUCCUCUCUAGUCUCUGCAAAUCCAUUACACUGGAAUGGAAUUCAUGAAAAAAUUGAACAAGUGAAUAAUAAGAGAAGUCCUGAUAAUAAAAGGAUAAUAAUAAUAGCCCUAAUAUGAGAAGUCCUGAUAAUAGUUAUAUCUACAGUUAAAACUCCAUUAAGCAGCCACCCUCGGGGUACCAGCAAGUGGCCGCUUAAUGAAUGUUGGCCACUUGAUAGUACCCUGGGUGCCAGAGGUUUUUUUUUCUGUUGUUUGCGGCGAAAAUUGAGCGCCGAUGUAAAAGUUUUAUUAAAUUGACCCCAGGACAAAGUACUCUCUUUUUCUUUCCGUUUGUUUCUUUGAAGGGUGCAUUUUUAACCUUUCAAUGCAAAAUUAUAGCAAUUUUGUUAAGAGUGGAUAGCCAUUUUUUUUCAUUUUCCUCCACUGACUACCAUCUAAAAAACCCCGAACCAUAUGCUCAGUAGACAUACUCUGAUUGGUUAAUCAUCCCUAAAGCCUUUUGAGACAGUAAGGGACAAAAAAAAUUAUCUAGGGGAGGAGGGGAAGAGUUUGUGUUUGGGUGCAAAAAUCAUGGCUGGUUUUGGCUGGUUGGGCAUUGAUGAGUUAAAAAUUAUAAAAAUAAGAAGCAGAAAGGUGAAAGGUCUCAUUGACCAGUUCCAACUAAAAGCCAUGAUAUUACACUUACGAUAUAUGUUACUUGUAAAAUGGCAUGACCGUAUUGUCUAUUUAAAACAAUCAUGGAAGUGAUUGUUUUUGGUUUCUUCAGACUCCAGAAAACCAGAAGGUGACACAAGUGAGGACGUUACAGGGAAAAUGAAGGUAUUGCGCAAAUACCGAAACCUUUUCGCCUGCAAAAUGAUCAUUUGAAGCCCAUCCCUUUGUUGUUGUUUUUUCGAUGAAACCAGAAUAGUGACCCCCCUUUUUUUUUUAUUUUUUGACAUGGUAUGGCAGCACAAAAAUAUAUAUAUUAAGGAGAAAAAAAUCUGGAUAGUAGAAGUUGUAUGUUUUUAGAUAUGAAUGAUGCAAAUUUAGGCAUUUAGAGCCACAGAGAAAUUUGAUAUAAUGCGAAAACUGUCCAUUUCUCUUCGUUUUUGAAGAUCAGGUAGAUUGAGGUUACUCAACUGAAAAAUAUAGACCAGAAAAACAAAUGGGCUUAAGGUUUUUGUAAGAUUCAUAGUUGUUGCUACAAAAUACAUUGGGUUUGGGAUUGGGUUGACAUGAGAACGGUUUCAUCUCACUGUGCCAUUCUCUGUCUCGAGUAAGUAGCAUCUAGGUGUUUCUGCUGCUCCAGCUAUUGUACCGGUGGUUCCCAUUUCUUUGAUGUGUAUGGGAGUACCAGACUGGACUGAUCUCAAGGUAAUAGCAUUGUGCCGUUGAUUGAAGUUCAGCCUUUGAGUUUCCUUGCUUCCUGCUUCCCUUUCACGUAGCUUGUCCAUAUCUGGCCAACUUGGAUUGAGAACAGUGUGGAAUGUUGGGAUGGUGUUUCUCAGUUUCCUUCCCAUGAGUAGUUCAGAUGGUGAAUAUCCACAAGCAAGCGGGGUAGACCUGUACGCCAACAGUCCUUUGGAUGGAUUUUUUUCUUUCUUCAGCAGUGACGUGGUGGUUUUUACUGUGCGCUCUGCCUCACCAUUAGACUGUGGGAAACGGGGGCUACUUGUUGUAUGCUUGAAACCCCAUUCUUUUGCGAAAUGAGUGAAUUCGGCUGAUGCAUACUGUGGGCCAUUGUCACUUCUUACUUCUUCAGGGAUUCCAUGCCUUGCAAAAAUUGCUUUGAGGGCUCUGAUAACUUCAUGCGAUUUGGUGGUCUUGUGCAAUGCAGCCACCUCCAUAUAGCGUGAGAAAUAGUCUACUACUAUCAGAUAGUUCAGGUUAUCAAGCUCAAAUAGGUCAGUGCCGAUCAUCUGCCAGGCACGUUCAGAAAAGGGUGUUGGCAUGAAUGGCUCAGCUCACUGCUGUUGGUGCUUGGCACAAACUUUGCAAUUUUCAACCAUGCCUUGAACUUCAAGGCUGAGACCAGGCCACCAAACAGAGGUCUUUGCACAUUCUCUGCACUUGACUAUUCCCUGGUGCCCUUCAUGUAUCUUAUCCAAAACUUGCAGCUUCAUGGCUGAUGGCACGACAACUCUAGUUGACUUCAGGAGUAUCCCAUGUAUUGUAGUGAGCUCUCCUCUGGCUGACCAAUAAAGCUUCAGUGCAUCAUUAAGAGGAAAUUUGUCUGGCCAGCCUUCCAGGCAGUAACUCUUUAUUUGUUGACAGACAGGGUCCUCAUCCUGGGCUUCCUUAAUCUCCAUUAGUUUCAAGUCUGAGACUGGUAAAGAGUCUAGGACACUGUCACUAAAGAUGUUCAUUUCUUCUUCAGGAACAGUGGCCAUUCUGUUUUUGUUUUCUGACUGCAUUCUUGACAAUGCAUCUGCUAUAUGCAUUUCUUUUCCAGGUACUUGGUUCACCACUUUAACAUGAAAACGAAUGUGAGGGGCCUUCUGAACCGGUGAACUCUAGGAGGGACUUCAUCCACGGUACGGGAGGUGAGAAGAGGAGCCAGUGGCUUAUGAUCUGUUUCAGCAACUAUAGACUUUCCCACUAUGUAGUCGCUGAAUCGCUCACAUGCCCAAGUUAGGGCUGAGGCCUCUUUCUUUAUUUACGCAUAUCUGCAUUCCACAGGGGUGAGUGCUCUGGAUAUGAACAUCACAGGUCUCCCAGUCUGAUCUUCUUGCUUCUGUAGCAGUACUCCUCCCAGUCUAAAUGAAGAUGCAUCCGCUGAAACUUUGGUGUAUUUGUUAGGAUCAUAGAGAGCAAGUACUGGUGCAGCUUUCAAGAUAGACUUGAUUUCUUCGAGUGCUUGUUGUUGGGGUGUUCCCCAGACCCACUGGCUAUCCUUCUGCAUAAGGUCUCGGAUUGGUUUGGUCUUGUCUGCUAAAUGUUCUGCAAACUUGCUUAGGUGGUUAACCAUUCCUAAAAACACACAGACUUCGUGAACAUUCUUGGGUGCAGGUAGGUUUACUACGGCUGCAACUUUGUCUGGAUCCACCUCAAUACCAUUUGCGCUAACAACAUUGCCUAGGAACUUGAUCUUGGGAACUCCAAAACGUGCACUUGUCGAUGUUAAGUGUAACACCAGCCCCACUUAGACGCUCUAACACUUUCUAUAAUCUUUAAUCAUGUAGUUCUAUGGUGGGGGCAUGAACUAGGACAUCAUCAAUGUUGCAUUCAACUCCUUCAAGUCCUUCAAGAAUUCUACUCAUGCACUUUUGAAAUUUUUCAGAACCAGAGCUCAUUCCAUAAGGCAGCACGUUAAAACAGUACCGUCCCCAGGGUGUGAUGAAGGUUGUGAGUGGUCUCGAGCUUUCGGCCAGCUUUAUUUGCCAGAAUCCGGAAUUUGCAUCAAGGUUGGUGAAGUACUUUGCACCUGCUAGCUUUCCCAAGGUGAGGUCACGGAGGGAAGAGGGUGAUUCUCACGCUGAACAUACUCAUUGAGCUUUAUUAAGUCUACACACACUCUGACUUAACCAUUUGGUUUAGGGGUUACUACCAUUGGAGCACACCAUUCAGUUGGGUGGUCCACAGGCGAAAUCACUCCACUCUUUAACAUCCUUUCAAUUUCGUGCUUGGUUUCUUCAUACAGUGGCAUAGGGACCUUUCUUGGCACAGUCAGUGCAAAGGGUUUUGCAUCAUCUUUAAGCUUGAUCAGUCCGAAAUAUCCCUAAAUUUAAGGACAGGGCCAACUGGUCACGCGACACUUUUCAACCAAUGAGAAGGCGCGCUUGUGUUUAUCAACAAACAAAUUAAUCAAAACACGUCCUCGGAUGAUCAAAACAUCACCCCAGUGAUCAAAAAUUUUCAAAACAAUGGACGGAGUCGGACAGAAUCAAUCAUCUUUUCGAGGCUCUCAGGCAUAUUUUUAAGACUUUUCAUGAGGCAUACACAUUUUUUUUAAGUGGAAAGCGUAUCGGAAGCCUUAUUGGAAGUGUUUCCUAAAAUAUUCAGCACAUUUUGUGGCUUGUUUCUUCUUUUAUCUUUUAAACAACGCGAUGUAUAGGCGAGAUUUUGAUUGGUUUUCAAGGUAGGUGAACAAGUAUCUAUCAUUUUUUCGAUUCACAGAUUUUUUACGAAGUUCUAGAUAUUUUUCCUCGAUUGUCGUAUCGAUUAACUUUUAUAAUGUUGAAUGUGGGGAUGGUAGACAACCUAGAAUUUUGGUAGACAACUUUUGAAUUCCGAGGUCCAAAACACAGACUUUUUCCACUCCCGGGUUUCUCACAGAGCCGUGUUAUUACUUUUUUUCGCAUUAGUACGAGCUUUUGACUUUUUUCUUUUCAAGGCCAAAACAACUUUGUGAGUCUUAUGGAUAUUCACAUCCAACAUCUCGCCUCACUUUGCCGAAUUCGCGGGGAUGAAUUGAAGAUCAUAAGCGCAAGGUAGAUACUAACCGCUUUGUUUCUGAAAUUCACUAAUCUGGAAAGAUUUUGUUGUUGGAUUCUCCAAAUGUUCAUCCACCAUUAAAAAAGAAUCAAAGAAACAAGACAAAUCUCAAUUUUAAUUGAUGUAUUUCGCUACUCAUUGAACAUGCACUGUACUACAGCAAGCAAAGAAAGCACCAGAUGCGAGAAGUCAACACGAAACAACACAAAAAAACAAACAAGAAAAAUUAAUAAAUUUGAACUACUUUCUAUUCUUGUUAUAUGAUGACUAGUUCUUUGAUUCUUGUCCCGUAGAAGUUAAUCAGGUAGUGCCAAUCCUGUUUUGUACGAUCUCAACAAAUUUUCACACUCUCUCUAAGGUUAUAUUUACACGGGACCAGUUUGCUGCUUCUAUCAAAAAUCUUGCAAGCCAUGCCAGUGAAGCCAUGACCUCUGCGAUCGGUCCAGAAUCAGCUCUAACACCCCAAUGAUUCCUUGCAAUGAUUAAUGCUCUUAUUCUCUUACAUGAAAUGUUUUCUUUGAAAUAUUAAAUGUGAAACCUAGACAAGUACUGUAAGCUCAUCUUUAAUUCUGUCCGACUCCGUCCGUUGUUUUGAAAAUUUUUGAUCACUGGGGCGAUGUUUUGAUUUGUUUGUUGAUAAACACAAGCGCGCCUUCUCAUUGGUUGAAAAGUGUCGCAUGACCAGUUGGCCCUGUCCUUAAAUUUAGGGAUAUUCCGGACUGUUGAUGGUGUACUCAUCUUUCCUGGUACCCAGUCCCUCAAACAACUGUGGGUAGUCACGCAUCACUUUUGGCUUGUAGUCAUCAGUUGUCAGUUCAUACAAUCUUGAUAGAAGGUUUAGUUUCACUGCAGCAGAUCUACUCAGGAGUGGUCGUGCUAAGCUUUCUACGACAUAUACCGUUUCCUUUGUUGAAGUUUGGUUGUAAGUGAGAGUGACAGUGAAUUCUCCGUUACAGUUCAUCCUCUAACAGCCUGCGUAGCAGGCGCUUGGAAGUAGCUCUUUCGCCCGCUAAAACGAAGCGCCUGCUUCGCAGGCUAAUCCUCUAAUUGCGUGAACCCAGGAGCACUUUAGCAGUAGGCUUAAGGUGUAUCUUCAGAUCAAUGUUAAGGAAGGUAUUGUAUGGGACGACAGUUACAUCUGCACCACUAUCAAGCUUGAAGUUAACUGGUUUCCUUCUCCACAAGAACAGUUGUAGUCCAUGGUGACUUUGUAGAGUUGCUUUGGACUUCACUAAUGUCGACGAUUUCUCCUAGAAAGAAAGAUUCUUCCUCUUCAGCAACUUCAAAAUUAAUACUUUUCCUGGUUUUGAACUUUUACAAGCCUGCACCCACCUGAACACUUGUUACAUUUGGAGAGGCGUGCAGGACACGUUUUCUUCGGGUGCGAUUUUCCAAGGCACCUUUGGCACUUUUGAUCAGGAUUUUUCUCUUUGGAGCUAUCGGAAGGUUUCUCUUUAGACUUGUCUUGCGACUUCUCUUUGAAGUUUCCUUUGUUUCUCCGUGAUUUUCCUUUCGCGAUGCCAUCAAUGUGCACUGGAGUAGACUUGAAGCGGCCGUCAAGAAUGUUUUGUUGUUGUUUCACCGUCUCUCUUUGUCUCGCUAAAUUUGUAGCUUUUUCCAGGGUGAGGUUCGGAUCUAGUUGAAGUUUGUCCGAAAGUUUGCGGUUUUGUAAUCCCAUGACAAUACGGUCGCGAAUGAGCUCUUCUUUUAGUGCGCCAAAAUUGCAGUACCUUGCCAGGCCAUACAAAUCUGUGAUAAAACUAUCCACCGAUUCUCCCGCUCAUUGACUUCUUGAGUUGAAUUUUGCUCACUCAAAGAUGAUAUUUCUUUUCACGAUGAAGUAAUUUUCGAAUUUUUCCUCCACUUCUUCAUAACUCUUCUCUUAUUCGGCGGUGAAUUCGAAUGAGAUGAAGAUAUCGUCCGCUUGUUCACCCAUUGUGUAAAUUAAUGUGUUUACUUGAUUUUCACCAGUUUGUUUAUCAAGCCCAGUAGCCUUGUGAACUCUCUCAAACCUUUGAAUCCACUUUGGCCAGUCUUCCGGCUUGAAUGAAAAUUUCUCUGGUGGGGUUACUUGAAAAUUAGCGACCAGUCAAAUGUUUGGCAGGACAACUUGUGGAUGUGCAAUCACUGGUUGUUCUUUUGGCGCCCGCCGGGAGGAUUUCCUUGUUGUUCGGCUUUGUUAUCUGACAUGUUCUCACCGUUUUGCACGUUGAAUGAAUUGUUGAGCGUUUGUACAAAUUUUCUUCUUUUUCACCAUGAUGUGUUAAAUGAAAUUCAUCCCUCUUCUGACACCAUGUCGAAUUAUUCAAGAGACAACAGCAUUUGUUCCAUGUUCAUAAGACUGCCAUGUUUAUUCCUCUCCUCUAUUCCUGUAGUGUGCAUGCCUAAAUACUGAACAACACAAGCGCGUGACAUAUGAAAGGUCAAAGUUCAAUAACACAACAAUAACAGUAACAAUCCCAGGAGCUCUGGUGUGGCACACUCUAUUAACUGCUGUGUACUCUUUCACUGUAAAUCUUCAUUUACUCAUUUUUUACUACGAACUGAGAAACUGAUAUUAUACACUUAAUGUCAGAUCCCGAGGGAAACAGUUAGUUUUGAUUUCCCAACAGUCCUGAUGUUUCCCGAGACGAAGUCGAGGGAAACAUCAGGACUCGAGGGAAAACAAAACUAACUGGUUUCCCGAGGGACCUGACAUUAAGUGUUUUGUUAUAUUUCUAGACUUUCACUUCAACAGCAACAAAAGAAUAACCGGAGCGAACCAAAACAGUCGACUCGGUACUUAUAACAACACAAAUUUAAUUCUCAAAACCACUGAAUGAAUGAUUUACAAACAAAAGUACUUUCCUCAUAUUAUCUGCAUCUUUUUCCUCCACUAGCUGCUGUUUUUCUUCUGGGAACUUCUGGGAUAACUUUAAAAAUCGUUGCUUUUUAGCUUGAGGUUUCGUUUUUGUGUUGUUGUGUUCAUUCACGAAAAAGAAAACUGGCAGGACCUGGCGGUGUUUUUCCCGCCUUCUGUCACACCACUUUCCACCAUGCUUUGAUCACGUGCUGCAAUGUAUCCCGAGCGGGAUACAUUGUUUAAUGUAUCACGAUCGGGAUUGAUCGGGAUACAUUUGAUUUUAGUCAAGGCCACGUGACCAAGAAUCAACCAAUGGCAGUCCCUGUUUAGUUGAGUGAAAGUCUAGGAAUAUAACAAUAUGGCAUGUAAAGGCUUAGACAAAUGAACUGUCAUUAUUUACAAACUGAGUCAUACAGAAUUUUGCAUGUGGUCUUCCAAAAUCUUGUCUUUCCUGGCUUAUGGAAACAACAACAACAACAAACACCAUUGCAUAGUGAUUACCUUUCUAUAAAAACUGUAAUCACAGUAAAUGCAAUAUUGUACUAACUGUUUUAGAUUCUUUACACUCCCUUUCUAGAGUUGCCACUCCCCACAGAGUGAGGAAAUAAUAUUCAUCUUGUUUGUUUUCUUUUGCUUUGUUUGUACAUAAUAUAGUUGACCAUAAUAAUAUUAUUUAGUUUAAAGUAAUGGAUGGAUUUUUUAGCAGGUCAAACAAGCCCAAGAGUAUGAUGACUUCCCCACAGUACAGUAUCAGGAAUUAAUGGAGCUGAUAUCAAGCAACAUUGUUCCUACUGAGCAGAAGUUAGACAUAGGCAGCUUUGGAGAAGUAGCAGUAGGAAAAGUGGAAUUUGCCAUAAAAAAACCUCGAAGUGGCAAAAAUUUAAAACAUGAAAAUGAAGUGUUAUCCUCAUUGUCUCAUCGUAACAUUGUAAAAUAUGUAGCUUAUGAUCCUGGUCCACCUGAAAGAUUGAUCACUGAGAAAAUGCAGGGAAAUCUGCGUCAGUAUGUAGAAAGUAAAGAAAAAAAUCUAGGAAUUGAGAUGAUACUGAACGUGGCAUCAGAUGUUGCUCAUGGUCUAGAGUAUUUACAUGGCCAAGGUUACCUUCAUGAUGAUUUAAAGGCUCCAAACAUCCUUAUUAGUCUUGGCCCAGACAUUGCCAAAAUUGGCAACUUUGACUCGGCAAAAACACUAUCGCCAGAUAACCCAAAAGUAAGAUACUUUCUUCACUACGAAGGUCAAAGGUAUAAGGUGGCAAAUGGUUUCCCUGAGACAUUCAAGGUAAGCUGAGUCCAUCCCUGCUUCAGUUUUAAACAGUAGUUUUGUUACGCGCUUGCUUGAAUUGUUACUUUGCGGUCAUGCAUUUUUUCUUCCUUUUUAGAAGAGAAUUGAAAAAAGAAUGCUUGAUACAUUUCUCCCACAGAAUGCUAUCCACCCUACCCUAUUCGUACUUGUGUGAUUGACGCGUGCCCAGCAAAACAUCUUAACGUCAAAAUUGUGUUUACAUACUCUCAUGCAAAAACACCUCUCGGCCAAUCAGAGGGUGCAUACUAUCGUAGUUAUUUUAACAGAUAUUAAGACUGAAUCCACCAGGAAAUUGCGUAAUUUUAAUUUCAAGUGGACAAAAACCUUGUACCAGAAUAAUUUAAACAAUAUAGCAUUCUUUUUACAUUUUUCAAGGGUGAUAGAUAUAAUUAGUUAUCUGUAAUAACGCCAAAGACUACUUCUCAUGGGAAGCCGAGAAAAUAAAUGUCAAAUUUCACAAGAAUUGGGAAAACACAGGUAAAAUUCAGAAAAUAUCAUGUGUAAGGUGUCAUUUUGUGAAAUUUGACAUUUAUUUUCUCAGGCUCUCAUAAGAAAUUUUCUUUGGUGUUAUUACAGAUAACUAAUUACAUCUGUGGUCCUUGAAAAAUGUAAAAAAGAACAGUGCGAUAUUGUUUAAACUAUUCUGGUACAAGGGUUUUGUCCACUGAAAAUUCAAAUUAUUCAAUUUCCUGAUGGAUUCUGUCUAAAUGGUAUCAAAGCAAUCCCCAACCCUUUAGAAGCUGUGGCUUUAUAGUGUAAGAGCGCCUAUAAGGAUGCAGUUAUAUUAAUAUUACCCAUCAGCUCUGUUUUACAGUUUCUGUAACCAUUCUUAUUUUUAUUGCUUAUUUCAGAUUGAUGUUUGGAGCUAUGGUUGCGUACUUGUGGAAAUGGUAUUAGGUGACCCACCAGAUCUUUCCAAACUGCCUAAUUUGGUUGAACGAACCUAUACAGAAUUUUCCAAUCUCAAAACGCUUAUCAUUGGUUGCACACAGAUCCUGUUAGCUGAGCGGUUUGAUAUGUCAAAAGUGGUGAACAUUGUGGACAGUUUUUUUCAGAUGUCCGGUAUUGAAGAGUAAGUAAAUUUUGAAAUUUAAAACUCCAGCUAUCUAACAAUAAUCAUUAACCGCCGAUCCUGACUCGUCCCCAGUCGUCUCUUUUGUCUCCUAAUUGUAAAAAUGUUAACGAGGGAUGCGCGUGGAAGAUGCGUGCAGACGUCGUUUCCUCCUUUUCCCUCUAUCCUUAUCAUCAUCCCCUUAGCCAAGAUGCCGUAAAAGUCUCCCGCGGCCGACCGUUCCGUGACCGCCUAUAAAUUAUAAGAGACGACUGGUGACGAGUCAUCUGCAGAUUAGCCUGCGAACCGCAGAAGUAUUUCCGGUCAUCACUUCUCUCCCCCCGAAAAUUAACGUCUGCGAACCCGAGCGGCAAAAUGAUUUCCGUGACGUAGAACCUUUUGUUUUGAUGUUGGCCAGUCAGAUCAAAGGACAGAAUACAGCUCGAGUGACUCCUCGCAACCUCUCGCGCUGGCGUGUCUUAGAUUUUGGCGAGAGUUACCAAAUACGAUUUGGAACGUGAAUUUCACGACUUUUGACAAGGUUUCCUGCGACGUUGCAUUGAAUGCUGAAUUUUUUAUGAAGCAACAGCUUCUUAAGCUAUGUAUGUGAUGUGGACCUUUGGUUUCACCUUAUAAAAUACAGUGGUACGUGACAUAAAACCUGGGCAAAAUAAUUUUCGGAGGGGUAGAAGCGACGACCGGAAAUACGUCUGCGGUUCGCAGGCUAGCUGCAGAUCUAACGCACUUACAAUUUUUGUUAUUAUAAUCUUCAUUGAGAAAUGGUGUUAGCACUACCUCGAGAUUAACACCACGGGUUUUCCAGGAGGCUUUCUCACAAAUAGCCUCCCACGCAGACAUUCUUAGGACUUCUUCACAACGUCUGCGUCACCAGGGAGGCCAUCUCGCGAACGGAGUCGGAAGGAUUAGCCAGUUCACAGACCCUCCAUUUUCUCUUUAGAGAUCGUCAAGCGCGUGUACGAAAAUAAAGAAAGAAGGGAAAACGUCUGUGAACAGGCUAGAACGAUACAAACCUAUUAGACUGGCACUUAACAAAUAUAGCAAAGACAAAUGGUCUUGACAGAGCUGUUCUCUCUGUGUUUUUCAAGUUUAAGAUUCCUCGGUUAAAUUCAUUUCAGAUCAUGGCAAUUUUCGAAUUUGUGAAGAGACAAAGUGACAUAUUCAUUAGUUUGCUAACUAGCUAUGGCAAAUUACAACAACAACAACAACAACAAGUAGUUGUUGUUGUAAUUAACAAAAAACAACAAAUCAGUACACUUCUCUAUGAAGAUAUACUUUCGGUGAUCGGUGGCUUCAAAUUUCUUAUGGGGAAUAGAUCUCCUGUUUAGUUAGUGUCGGAGUCAGAAAGAAAAAAAUGGUGACAUUCUAUUGGUUGGCUAAAACAUUAAAGUCAAUUCAAGCAACUAAAAUAUCUACUAACAGUUGGGUGAGAGCUGAAAUGUUUUUGGUCGACCGUGAUGUAAAAUUGAGACUGUUUUGGGCUCCAACUGUCCAAGACGUAGCGCAGUGGUGCAGUGAAAAGUGAUGAGAAAAACUCACGGUGGAUGGGGAGAGAGAGAAGCCAUUCGUCCGCCUCCGCCUCCUUCCCCAGAUCGCCCGCAUCUUACUUUCACUUUGCUUGUUUUAUUUUUGCUAGGACUUUACUAUUUGAGAGCCUGGCACAGGUUAUGUAAAGUUUAACAAAGCGACAACAAUAUUCCAUGGUCUGUACUUUUAUCAACCAUAGAAAUGACGGCAAAAUGUGCAAAACUUAAGUGGAACCACGAGCCGCGGGCGAGUCAUUGGUUUCACUGCAAAGUUUUGAACAUUUUGACGUCAUUUCUAUGGCCGUUAAAGACUACAGACCAUGAAAAUUGUUGUCGAUUUGUUUUUUUUUUUUUCACAAUAACAUUGACAGUAUGGAUGUCCAUUUCCAUUGAAGUUUCUCGGAAAAUCGCGCGCGAGGGAAAGAGGAAGACAUAUUGCGCCAUCAUCACGUCAUCAUUUCCAUGGCCUGUACUCUUAUCGAACAUAGCUCUCAACCAAUCAGCGCAUGGGAAACCGCUGAGUUAUUGUAAUUGUACAAGUGAAGUUAAAUACCAAUCACUCUAUAAAAAAGGGUUUGCUGGUGACCAGGACUCAUAUGUCAAUGAUCACAGCAGGAAGAACAUGUAUACGAUUAAGACAUCUUGUCUUUUAUUUGUUUAAUGAAAAUUUAUCUUUGCAUUCCUAGUUUGUGACAACAGAAGAGCCCGGCAUUGCCAUACAGUUACUGUAGCUGUUUUAUUGUAAUAUAAUUCCAAACACCAGGCGAAUGUAAAAAGAAGAUUGAAGUCUCAAGUUCUUGGAAUCAAGUGGAAGUCGCUCUCAGGGGAGCGUUUGAUACUCGAAGAUUUCAUUGCUGGCAUGAUUCCUGAUAAUAAUGCCUAAAAGUAUUGUGGACUGGUGAACCAUGGCAAUACACUCCAUUGUAAGUCACAUGACAAACUGUAUACAGAGAGACCUCCUUAAAAAAACAACCGGCAACCAAGAUACUUUGCGUCCCUUUGUUGCAGCAACCAAUGGUUUGGAAGUGCAGGAGAACAUGUGCGUUUGCCUUAGAGACGUGAUUGAUGUUGAACCGCGUUCUUAAAAACUGAUGAAUCCAGAACACUAAGGUACCAGAUUUGUUUUGCCAUUUGUUGUGAAUCCAAAAUAAAAAUGCCCCGAUGUGGCUUCUUACACCGAGAUUUUAAACUCUGAAUCGAAAGUGGUUUUAAAAAAUGUACUUAGAUUUCCUGGCGUGUGUAAAGCGCAUGUGUAAAACGUUGCUUGUAAGUUUAAGUCCAGUUUAAGGAUGCUACGCCACCACAGGCAAAAAAAGAAAUAUUUCAUCAUGUACAAGAGAC